GCUGCUGCGUUUGCCGUCGCUGCGUCACCUGCCUGGUUUCUCCACCUCUCUGUCCUCCUCCCCUUCUGCUUCUUCCGUCGCUUCUGGGUGUAUCUCCUCCUUCUCAUCCUCUACCUGCAGCUCCUCAGCGAUGGAGACCUUCGGUGCGUUUCUGUAAACUCGGAGAAACCUGCAGCAACAGAGAAGAGGAGGCGAAGAGAGCGCGCGGAGGAGUUUGUGCAGGCUGGACUGCGGUGGCUGGAACUCCCUGAGCGCGGACACGCGCUUACAGACCAUCACAAGACGCGCUGCGGCCCAAAAGAAGCCCCUCUUACGGAAAUUCAAUUUGACACCCGUCUCCCCCCUGAAGAGGAGGAGAUACCCAUCAGCAGGCUCGUGCGUUUUCUCCGCUUUUGGGAAUCCUCUGCGCUCAGGAGCUGCUUCACCUCCCCUCUCCCUGUGCGUCAUCCUCGCGGCUCCAACCCAAGCCAUGUCCGUGACCAUUCCGGACGAUGCGGCGUUCGCCAAAUUCAAGGCGGAGUGUUUGUGCGACGACGGCUGGAGUUUGACCUACAACCGGGGGGGCAUCACGGUGCGGACCCAGGUUCUGGAGGAGGGCAAGUCAAUCCACAGAGUCAAGUGUCGUAUGGUGUGUGAGGACGUCCCAGCAGAGACGAUGUACGAUGUGCUCCAUGACACCGAAUACCGAUGGAGAUGGGACACAAAUGUCAUUGACACCUUCGACAUUGGGAAGCUCACUGUCAAUGCAGACGUUGGUUACUACUCAUGGAAGUGUCCGAGGCCUCUUCGGUACCGAGAUGUGGUCACCCUCCGCUCCUGGCUGCCAAUGGGGAAUGAUUACAUCAUUAUGAACUACUCUGUUAAGCACUCGAAAUACCCACCAAGAAAGGACAUGGUGCGAGCCAUUUCCAUUCAGACUGGUUACAUGAUCCAGAGCCAGGGACCUAAUCGAUGCACCCUCGUUUACCUGGCCCAGGUGGACCCGCGAGGUUCAUUACCUAAGUGGGUUGUCAACAAGUCUUCCCAGCUCCUUGCUCCUCGUGUGUUGAAGAAAAUCCACAAGGCAAGUUUGAAGUACUCAGAUUGGAAGAAGAAACAUAACCCGUGCUUCAAGCCCUGGCUCUUCCCAGAGCAGAAUACAUUACCCAGCAUCCCCCUCUCAGAGCUGAGCAUCCAGCGUGCAGAGAGCCUGGAGAAAAUAGACGAGAGCGACGUGAUCGAGCAGCUGGAGAAAGAGGACAGCGACUAAUGCAUGCACACACAUGCGCACCCACACACAUAUGCAUAUGCACACACACUUAUGCACAUGCUCAAACACACUGCACAUACACACACACACAAAAUUGCACUCACAUAUUUACACACACGGAUAUGCACAUGCACGAACAGAUCUAUGUACACACUCAGACACACACCCAUGCACACACCUAUGUACACAAACACACACAUUCAGACACAAAAUGCAGGGAAUCAGAAAUGCCUGACAAACAUUCACGACUUCAAAAUCUCAUUCUAUUAAAGUUUAUUGUGGAUCUGCAUACAUGACUCCAUACAUGUUGUACAUACAACACAUGUAUGCACGUUUGUCUGCACAGAGACAAACUCUUCUUGUUUUUCCAGCCGGGUUCCACAGACAUGCUGCACUGCACAUCCGCCGUGCCCCCUCCCCACAAAUGACAACACUUUCCAUCAAUUCACUUCCAUCUGUCAAUUUCCUGUUUUAACUUGAGACCUGGUAAAGAAAAACAAACCAAUUCCAGUAAAAUCUGUGUUUUCUAAACUGAGCGUGGGCAUUUUAGCAUUAAAAUGAAUUUUCAGGUAUUACACUUGACUCAAAAGAAAAGAUCUCCCUUUUUUCCUUUUAACUUGUCUCUCUGACCUCCUGUUCACAUGUUCAGCUCUUGCUGGCUGAACAUGUGAAGACACAGGAAACAGGUUCAUCAGAGCUCUGCGGCGUCCUUGUCCCUCUGCUUGUGUUUUGUCUCCAUCACAUUUUGUAAAGAUGUUUGCAGAAGGCAGCUUGAAACACCAAUCUUCAUUCCUUUCUUACACACAGACGUAUGUACUGUCUACUCCUCAAUUUGAGAUUUAUGAAUGUAUGUAGGCUUUAAAAAUUAAAUACAGAUUCCUACGGAGGUUUUCACAUUU